AAAACUCUAUACAAAGAUUAGUAAAAUGGCUUUUGCUGAAUCUUUCCACAACCAAAGUUCUGUCUUGAGAAUCAAUGUCAUGGUUGUGGAUGAUGAUCCAGUUUUUCUUAAAGUUAUCUCACGCAUGCUUGAAAAAUCUAAAUACAGAGAUCCAUCAAUUAUGGACAUCAGAGUUAUAGCUGAAGGAGACCCAUUCAAAGCAUUGUCUACUCUAAAACAUCAACGAAACAAUAUUGAUCUCAUAAUCAUAGAUUAUUACAUGCCUGGCAUGAACGGUCUACAACUCAAAAGAAAAAUCUCUGAAGAAAUUGGGAAUUUACCAUUCAUAGUUAUGUCAUCGGACACCAACAAAGAGCAAGAGAGUUUAACUUGUGGAGCAAUGGGGUUCCUUGCCAAACCAAUAAAACCAAUAGACUUACCAAAAAUUUACCAAAUUGCUUUAACCUCCAAGAGGAAUGGUAAGUCAUGGAGUGAACCAAACCACAAGGAGGCAUGUGUUAAUGUACCCCAACAGCUCAAGAUGCUUCCUGAACAAGCUAAUAUCUUGAAGACCAAGAAGAAGUGCACAUCUAAACCCGAUUCAAGAUCCCUGAUCAGUACAAAUGGAAGUGGUCUUAGUACCGAUAAUUCAAGAAAAAAUCGGAAAAGAAAACCUAAUGGUAGUCCUGGUGAGGAUGGUGAGUCUUCGUCGCAGCCCCCAAAGAAGCCUAAGAUUACAUGGACGGAUGGUCUUCAGGACCUGUUCCUACAAGCUAUUCGACAUAUCGGUCUUGAUAAGGCUGUGCCAAAGAAGAUCUUAGCGUUCAUGAAUGUGCCGGACUUGACAAGAGAGAACAUAGCCAGCCAUUUACAGAAAUAUAGGAUAUUCUUGAAGAAAGUCGCGAAACAAGGUUUGAUGAGCAUUAAGCCAGGUAGAGGCAUGGAAUCGAUGUUUCGAUAUACUCAUAUCAAAGAUCCCUACUUCAACCAUAGUACAACCUCUACUUCUUGGUAUGACACGAGUCUUAACAAUAGAUCAUUCUAUUCCAAAUCCGGACACGGGUUUGGGCAGUCGAGACUCUUGUCUGACACACGUGCGCCAGAUAGUUUUAACCCGAUGCCUCACAACUACAUGAACGGGUCAUCGUCUACUUAUGAGCCGCACCGUAGUGAAUCUGGAUCAGACUUCACGCUACCCAUCCAAAGCAACAUCAGUCUCCUUAACCAAGCAUCUCAAAACGAGGAAAGAAGAAGCUUUUAUGAACCACAUGAGAUGGCCAACAAAGUCAGCCAAACAUCUCAAGUUCAUGGAUUCGGACAACUUGGGCCAUCGUCAACUAUUGGUAAUAAUUUCAACACUAACAUGAUGAGUAGCUUUGGAAGUUUUACUCCAAAUCAACCAGGACUUAGCCAUGUCUCCUACGGGAUGCAAUCGUUCUUAAACAACGAGAACACUACAUAUAACCUUCAACCCCAUGCAAACGCAACUACACAUCAAAAUCUUGAGCUGGACAAGACUAAUGAGCUUCCUUACAACUUUCAACUCGAUCAAAACAAGCAACAACAUAUAGGAGAAGAGGCUUCCACCAAAUUUGAUCUAUCAUCAAAUUUUUCAGCUGAACUGAAUCAGAUUCUAUCUCUUGAAGAUGAUGGUGACAUGACCUCUGUGAAUGUAAAUCAGGGAGAAACCUCCAACACUUUUACUGCUCUAGAGAUCCAUCCUCCAAGUUUUACCAUGAACCCUAAUGAGAAUCAGGACCAAGAUGUUAACCAAGAUAUUAGCAAUUUGUUGUUCGUGGACACGCAGGUUGAACAAGACUUCAUAUACUCUCUGUUCAACACUGACAUGAAUUGAAAAGGGGUUGGUUCUUCAAGCUGUUAUUCUCAAUGGGAGGUGAAGAAACAAAACCUGGUGAUACCUAGCUAAUAGAUUUCUAAGAAUACAUAUAAAUAGAUCAUAGAAGUAUGGGUUUUGUUAUGUAAUAUAUUUCGAAGUGUUGGUUAUUAUGUCUUUUCAGCAAGUGAAUUAAGUGUAGGAUGUUAUGGGAACUUUUAAAUAUAUAAUAACAAGAAUUUCUAUUUGGGGUCUAGAUAAAUGUCAUUUUAUGUGUUACUUAUAUAUAUAUUGUGUUCGAACGA